GAUUGAUGUUGUUGUGAGGGAUUGCACCUGUACGAGGAUGUGGCUAUUUCAAACAAACCAUUUAGCGUUUCUGUUACUUAUUUUUGGGCAGUAUAACACAUUUGCUCUACAGGAUGUCACUCCUGAGCUUUUCGGGAGCGUAAAAUAUGGGACGGUGGCGGCGUUUGGUGAUUUUAACUCGGAUAAACAGACAGACAUCUUCAUCAUCAGAGAGCAAUCUGAGUUGGUGAUAUUCUUGGCUGAUUCCACCUCUCCUUACUUUAAGCCUAAAGUUAAAAUCUCAAAGGACAAUUUGCCAGAGGAAGCAGUCAUUACCAGUGUAGUUCCUGGAGAUUACGAUGGAGACUCUCAGAUGGAUGUCCUUCUGACAGCUACAAUAAAGUCCCAUCAAACAACAGUAAUCAUCUUUUGGGGGGACAACCAGACAUUAGACACUGGUGUUUCGCUCCUCCUGAAUAAGACCCUAAUAGACGAGCCUCUGGUUAUGGAUUUUAAUGGAGACAUGAUCCCGGACAUUUUUGGUGCCGUCAGUCUCACUUCAACUGAAAUUUGCUAUCUUAAGAACAGGACUCCAGUAUGGCAGAAAGCGCUGAAUUCAACUGCCAAAAUGCGCAUUCCUCACUCUAAUGCAUUCAUUGACCUCAACAAGGACUUCACUGCUGAUUUGUUUCUAACAACUGAGGAGAAUAAGUUUGAAACCUGGCUCAAUAAGGAUGGGACCUUCACCAAAGCUCACGUCAUUCCAACACCAGAUGUAAAAAUUGUUGGGCAGUCCUCCUUUGUUGACUUUGAUGGCGAUGGCUAUCAGGACCACCUCCUCCCUGCCUGUUCAGAUGAAAUCUGUCACCAGAGUGCCAUCUACCUCACCAAGCCAGGUUCAGAAAAGUGGGUGCCCAUCCUGUCAGACUUUAGACAGAAGGAAACGGUUUGGGGCUUUGUGCCAGGAUCUAUCAACCAACCACUGGUUCUGCACUUUGGAGACUACAACCUAGAUGGAUUCCCUGACGCCUUAGUGAUCCUUCGCAACACAAGUGACAGUGUGCAGCGGGCCUUCCUGUUAGAGAACGUGCCCUGUAACAACCUCAGCUGUGCCAGUGUUGGACGAAUGUUCCACAUCCACUGGGACCAGUCAGACUUGGGAGCGAUCCGGAAUGCUGUCAUGGCAACAUUCUUUGACAUCUAUGAGGACGGAAUAUUGGACAUGUUUGUCCUGAGCAAAGCAGAGGACCAAAAGGACUUGAUGAUCCAUGCUUUGAAGAACAACUUUGAGGCUGAUGCUUAUUUUGUAAAAGUGAUGGUGCUCAGCGGCCUCUGCUCCAACGACUGCCCUGAAGAUGUCAAGCCUUUUGGUGUGAAUCAGCCCGGUCCCUACGUUAUGUACACCACAGUGGACUCUAAUGGCUACCUGAAAAACGCCUCAGCUGGUCAGUUGAGCCAGUCCGCUCAUUUCUCCCUGCAGCUGCCCUACACGGUGCUGGGUCUCGGACGCAGCGCUAACUUCCUGGAUCACCUGUUUGUUGGAAUUCCCAGGGAGCCUGGAAACACGGACAUCAGGAGGCAGGAGUGGACAGCCAUCAUUCCCAACUCGCAGCUUAUUGUCAUUCCUUUCCCUCACAAUAGCCCCCGCAGCUGGAGCGCUAAGCUGUACCUCACUCCUAGCAACAGCGUGCUGCUGACGGCCAUCGCGCUGAUCGGAGUGUGUGUCUUCAUCCUCGUCAUCAUCGGCAUCCUCCACUGGAAAGAGAAGAAAGCAGACGACCGAGAGAAGAGGCAGGAAGCCCACCGCUUCCAUUUUGAUGCCAUGUGAAGGAACAGAACUGCAUGAUGGGAGAACAUCCUCCUCUCCCUGCUUCGCUCGCCAAUUCAACACCCUCUUCUCUCCGCACACUUUUCCAUUCAGACUCAAGGGCCAAUAACUUGAUCCUCCUCUGCCAUUAAACUGUUUUUCUUGUUUUUAUCGAGUGAAACGUGAAGUAUUUGUUUCAUCUGAUCGAUUCAUUCCAGUGUUAGAAUACAACAACAAGGACCUGGAGACACGGAGAGGAAUCCUGACAGCGGUCAGCUGACAAGCUGCCAUUCUUUAGUUUUCUUAGAGCAGUGUGAUGAGAUGACAGGAACUCCUGCUGAAAUGUCAAACAUGAAAAUUCUGCUAUUUAUUAUCAGAGUAUUAUACACUGGAAGGAAAGCUGUAGUUUAAAAACACGUGUUACUGUCUUAUCUGUACGAUUCAUUCUUUUAUUUUUUUGGUGGAAUAAAACUGAUGUUGUUGAUCCGAGCCUUGCAGCUGCAGUGGUGAAUUUUUUAAAAAGUAUUGACGCAGCGGAGCAUUUUCCUGCUUCCAAUCUCACCCAAAAUGAUGGCUGGACUUCAGAUUAGCCGAGUUCAAAGUCAUCUUUUCCUGAGCUGAUUGUAUCACGAAUCUCAUCAAGGGAGUGCCAAAAAGGUUUUGUAAAUAGCUAAAGCUGCUGCAUCAAGGCUCAGCCGAAAGUCUGAAACCUGUUUGUUCUGCUCAAUGAAACAGUUUCAUGUGAUUCAAGGCGGUUUCUGUUUUAAACAUGUCGGGAUGUUUAUUUUUCCUCAGAUGAGCUCAUGUCUGUCCCAAGUUGUUUGCAUUGUUUUAAAUUAAUGUUUGACUGGGAGUGUGUGAGAUUUAUUUCAUUUGGUGGAUUUAACUUGCAAAUUAAUGUUCGGGCUAAAUGUGUCUACUUG